AUGGCCGAGCACUUUCCCUCGGCGGCGGCAGCGCAUUGCAAUGAGCCGCGGACACUAAUAACACACCGCGGAGCUCCAUUAGCCUCGCGCCCGCUGUCGGCAGCAGCAGAACGAUUCACACACCAUUCCACAUGUUUUCUGUCCACCUUGCGCCACUCUCAGGAAGUCAACAUUAGCCGAGAGCUGACAAUAAACACUGUGACAACCGCUGACAGGACACCAACCGCGCCCUCCACAAAGGCGCUCUUGGCACCGGGCCGCGAACAGUCAGCAGAGGAGUCUCCCCUCCGCCGCGCUCCUCCUGGCCCUGACCCCGUCAUCCUGAUCACAGCCGACUCCACAACGCAACCAAUGGCAACCCACUGGCAACCCACUGGCAAUUCAACUAACCUCAACGCAACCCAACUACCCUCAACGCAACCACUGGCAACCCAACUACCCUCAACGCAACCACUGGCAACCCAACUAACCUCAACGCAACCACUGGCAACCCAACUAACCUCAACGCAACCACUGGCAACCCAACUAACCUCAACGCAACCACUGGCAACCCAACUAACCUCAACGCAACCACUGGCAACCCAACUAACCUCAACGUAA